GCUGGCUUAAAGGCGCCUGUCACACGUUCAAUAUUUAUUGUGAUAUUAAAGAUUGAUGGAUAGCGAAUGAAUGCUAUACUAACUAUCACGUCAGUAUUUAUUCGAAAUAAAUCGAGUUUUUGAAACAAAUAUGUUAAAAAUAGUGGAAAGCGCGAUGAAUAUUGAACGUUUAACGGUCAAUCCACGGUCCUCGAUCCGGAUUUCAAAAUAUUUUGUGAUAGGGGUCGCAGUCCUUCAAUAAUGCGUGCUACACGUUCAAUAAAUAUCGCGAUCCUGGAUCGCGUUUAAUAUACAAUAUAUUGAACGUGUAAGUCCACAUAGACGCCAUUGUAGACAAGAAAAUUGCUGUAGUUACGUCGCGUCGUGCAGUCGUAAUGUGUUUAAAGCAUUGACGUAAAAAACUAAACAAACAAAUAAAGUGAAAAAAAAUUUAAGGCAAAAUAAGUGUGAAAUAAAUACUUAAGUGAAAAUAGCAAGUAGUGUUAUGAAAAAGCGAGUAAUGUGGGACGAGGCUGCCGAAGCCGAUCUAAUACAGUUGUGGCAAGAAAAAACGCCACAACUUCGAUCGACUAGGAAGAACAGCCACAUCUACGAAGAGAUGUCGAGAGAAAUGAACACAGCGGGCCACAAUUAUACGGCCACAGAAAUAAAAAUUAAAAUACAUAAUUUCACUAAUAAAUACAGGCAGGAGAAACAGAAAGUAUCGGGUGGCUCGCCUUCGGUGUGGAAGCAUUAUGCUGCUGUGCGCGAAGCGGUAGGCGGCUACAAAAGCUUUUGCUCCGCUGAGCUUGUCGAGGACAGCAUUAUGGUUGAUAUUGACAACAUAGAAUCGCCACUUUCGAAUCCAUUCGCACCAGCGGAUCACGAAGCGGUAGGCGGAUACAAAAGCUUUUGCUCAAAUCCUGUAGAUAUUAAAACCGAAGUAGAAUCGCCACUUUCGAAUACUUUCGCACCAGCGAGCCACGAAGCGGUAGACGGUUACAAAACCUUUUGCUCCGCCGAUCGUGUCGAGGAAAGCAUUAUGGAUGUUAAAGUCGAAGUAGAAUCGCCGAUUUCGAGUCUUGAUGCACCACCGAGUCCUAGCGCAUUUUCUUCCAAUGCCUUCAAUCGCCCUUCAUCCAGUGACGCUGGAAAAACAAAAAACAAAACAGCAGUCUCAGUAAUGGAGGAAAUGAGGCAGGAUUUUUUGAAGGCGACUCAGGCGAUGAAGGAGGCCGAUGAAAAACGGCUACGUAUAUUAGAAAAAUAUGCAAGAGACGUUAGCGAGAUGAAGGAUGCUUUCAUAGACUUCCUUCGUCGCCAAAAUUAGUCUCAAAAAAAUUUUUUUUAUGUGUCAAAUUAGCAUUUUUAAUUUUAUGUAUUUAGUUAGACUUUGUACAUUGUUCGGAAUUUUAGUUUUUAUGUUUGUUAUUUAAUCUUAAGUCAUACCUUUAUGAAAAUACAAAUAUCUAUUUUCUAAAAGUAA